AUGGAGACAUUACGAUUCAAACCGCGCCAGCCCAUCGAGGAUGAAAUCGAGAACUGGGACGACGAUGAGGAUUUGGUGCUUGAGGCCCAUGAGCUGUCGUUUCGCACCUCCUUGGCAACCACAGCCGGUCCCUCCAAUCCCCGCGCUCUGUCGCGGCCCCCGUCUAGGCGACGAGAUUCCACCUCUUCUCACCUUUCCUUGCGCUCUGAAAUUGAAUCCUGCCAGGGGGAAGAGCAGCAAUUACAUUUGCCGGGCGAUGACGAAUCCUCUACCAUGGACGCCAUUGCUGCCGCAGAGCAUGCCGGCAUUCCUCUGCCCAAGAAUGUCCCUUCCUCUGCCCUCAUGGGCGGUACCAUCAAGCGGCUUGGGGGACGCAAGAUUCGCAAGAUUAUCCAAGAUGACUGGGAAAACGAUCUCGAGCUCCCAGAAACCUCGCAGAGCCUCAGUAUAAAACCAAAAACCGAUGUCGAGUUCCCCGAAACGCUGCGGCAAGUGAGCGGCGGUUCCGUGCGGACCAGUCCUUUGCGGACCAUGAAGCCGUCAUCGUGCACCGAGCCACAGCGCAGGCUCUCAGCCCAGUCGAAUACGAGCGCUCUCUCGUCCGCCCUCAACUUGGACAAGUUUAAAGACACGGAAGAUGAUGAGGACUUUUUUGGGGACGGCGUUGCGACAAUCAAAUUGCCAAAGGGGAGGAGCAUUGCCCCCAAGCCCGUUUCUUUUAUUACGCCUCCUACACCGCAAAAGUCUGAAACUGCCAGAGAACAAGAGGAUGACUAUGAAAAGGACUUGGAGCUGCCCUCGGACGGAAAGUUGAAAUUGUCCACGAGGAGAGAUAUUCCAAAGACGCCAUCAUCCAAUGUCGACGACGUGGAUUGGGGCGAAGGUAGUCUCGGCACACGAUAUGGCGGCACCAGACGAGAUGGCCGUUCCAACAGAAGCUCUUCGGCCUCGGCGCUCAGCCCAAGCAUCUCGAGCUCCAUCACUGCUGAGAGCGAGGACGAGACGUUUGACGGUCUUGUUCUGCCUUCUGGCCCAUUUAAUUUCAAGGAGCGCCUUCAGCAGCGCAAGAAGAGUUUCUCACCAGAACGUAUCCCGGAAGAGUUGCCGUCGCCGUUUCCAUCCCCCCCCAACAAAGCCGCCCCGGCCGAGGCCGACCGUGACGACUUCUUUGAUGAUCUUGACAUUGGAGAUGGAAAUGUGUUUGGCCCCGGAAAGUUGACACUGCAUCGCAAUAUCAAGGUCAAGGAGACCCAGCCUGCGUCACCCGCACGGCCCAAGGCUGCUGUGUCACUGACGUUUACGAACAAGCCCCAAACCCAGACCAGGAUUCCGCGCUUAAGCCAUGAACGAGCCCAUUCAACCUCGUUGGAGCCAGUUUAUGAGUCUGGCAGUUCAGCGGCGCCCUCGCGCAGUCGACGCUCUCAGUCUCGUCUCGGACACUCACAUCAAUCGUCUGUAGCCAGUCUUCCCACCCCGACGACUACCUCCCCCGGACGACAGUUUCCCCUUUCCACGCCACAGGGGCGACAAGUUGGCGCAAGAUCAUCAUUUUCCUCCUUGAGAAGUGAAGCACUGACUACCAGUUCUCAACUACUGAAACAGAAGCGAUCUCUCCCGGCGGUUCGGGGUCAGAAUACGGCGCAAAAGCCAGUCCCUCAAAGAUCGACAGACAGACCGCCGUCGAGGGCCGAGACUGGGCGACCCCAGUCUGCUUUGAGACCCAAGACACCCGUGGACAGGCAGCGCCCCGGCCUUACCGACAGCCCUGCGUCGUUGACGAGGAAGCCUCAGCCAUUCUUGCCGGCCGGUGCAACGCAAUCUCGGUCACAUCACGUCGCUUCAAAGACCUUGCGCCAGUUCCGACGCCACGACUCCGAAAAUGCAAUCGACAUCCGACCAACGUCGAGGUCCUUCUCUAGGUCGGGGGGACGAUCGCCUAGUCCACAUCGAUACAGGGUUGCUGCCGAUACCUGGGAGCGUCUGAGCAAGCCAAAGAACAAGAAACACUUUGGUGAUGGCCAUGAACUCGACGGAUUCGAUGACUUGCCAACGUCACGAGAGGCGGAGACGCGAUUCAUGAAGCAGCCUGUUGCCAGCGGCACCAAGACUACCAUUCGAAAUCGGCUGUACCAGAAUAUCCUGCCCGACAGGACUGCGACGCCAGCGCCGCCGAGUCCAUUUUGCCCGCCAAAAUCAGCGUCGACUCCGCGGUUUGCACGCGACACGGCCGCAAGUCGGAUUGCCCGAGAGACGUCUCUGGCUCACCGCGCGCCAAGUCACGGCCCGUUGUCUACCAUAACCGCUCAGCGAGAGGGUGGUGCGCCCGCGUCAAGGAUGAACCUGAAUCAGCAGCCCCAUCUACCUCAGGCCACGGUGCGGUCGAAGAAGAAGACGAAGCGACCGCAGCAGCUGAAGCCACAUCUCAUUGCCAAUCUCAACGCCGGCAAAGAGUGUAAAAUCGUGGACGGCAUGUUCUACAACGCCGAGACAUUCCGCUGGGAGGGUAAUGAGAAUGCGCUGAAUGCGUUUGAUGCCACGGUGGCCACCCCGUCAACUACAACCGCAUCCGCACACGUCACCCGCGAAAGAGAGGCAUCUACCCCGCGACCCGCGCUGAUUGCCAACUUCAGCGCAACUAAAGGCGUACAGGUUGUGGGCGGCAUGGUUUUUGACCCCCACAACAUGUGCUGGCUCAGAAUGGGGCAACGCGACAAGACCAAGUCGGAUGCAGGUGAUACCCUGGAUGGCUUCGACGCGCUUGACGACGAAGAGGAUGUGUUUAAAGAUAUUCCCGACCUAGACGAUAACGCCGCAGAAGACGACGGCGGAGAAGGCGGCCGGGUCAGUGACGUCAAGGAUGACUGGCUCGUGGGCGAAGAGUUUGACGUCGGUCCCGAGUUUGUCAGACGACAGCGCGAGGAGGAAGAAAGAUGGCGAAAGAAGUGCGAGAAAUGGGUCGGCCGCGGGCCGCGAGAUCAAAACACGUGGCGCUGGACGAUUCGGGACCUCGUUGCUCACUGCGACGAGCUCCCCAUGUGA